UCGCCAACAGGCUGCAGUCCCAGAAGGGAGCUGCUGUCUGAGGAGGAGGCUGCCUCUCCACUGGCCUCCACGAGAGGCCCUGGGGUCGCGCUGGGCGCCCGAAGGGACCUCCCCAGGGACCCGCCUGCCCCACACCGCCCCGCCCCGCCCGGCGCUCCGCAUCAGGUGCCCCAGCCCCAGCCCUACCUGCGGACUUCAGGCUCCCGGGGCUUCCAGAGGAUGCUCGGGCCACCUGCGGUGACCUCGGAGCAGCAGUGAGGUCCUCUCCUCCUGUGCCAGGGGCUCCCCCAGGGGGCCGAGCAUGGUGGUUUUCCCUUGGAACCUCCUGGCUUGGGACGUCUGAGAAGAUGCCUGCCAUGAGGCUGUUCACUUGCUUCCUGCAGCUCCUGGCUGGGCUGGCACUGCCCGCUGUGCCCCCCCAGCAGUGGGCCUUGUCUGCUGGGAAUGGCUCAUCAGAGGUGGAAGUGGUGCCCUUCCAGGAAGUGUGGGGCCGCAGCUACUGCCGGGCGCUAGAGAGGCUGGUGGACAUCGUGUCGGAGUACCCCAGUGAGGUGCAGCACAUGUUCAGCCCCUCCUGCAUCUCCCUGCUGCGCUGCACCGGCUGCUGUGGUGAUGAGAACCUGCACUGCGUGCCCGUAGAGACGGUCAAUGUCACCAUGCAGCUCCUGAAGAUCCACUCUGAGGACCGGCCCUCCUACGUGGAGCUGACAUUCUCUCAGCACGUCCGUUGCGAGUGCAGGCCUCUGCGGGAGAAGAUGAAGCCAGAAAGGAGGAGACCCAAGGGCAGGGGGAAGAGGAAGAGAGAGAAGCAGAGACCCAGAGACUGCCACCUGUGCGGCAAUACUGUUCCCCGGAGGUAACCAGCCCCUCAGAAGAGAGACAACCCCCACCCGGCUCCUGUAUUUAUUACCGUCACACUCUCAGUUACCUCCCUGCUGACACCUGCCCUCUAUUUAUUAGCCAAUUGUAUCCCUGCUGAAUGAUUUGCUUCCUCCAGGAUGAGGGGCAGGGAGGGACAGGACCCUCAGGAAUUCAGUGCCUUAAACAGAACGUGAGAGAAAGAAAGAAGGCAGCCACGGACCCAUGUGUGUUUCAGCUGCGGGAGAAGCGCGCAGACGCGGCUUUGUGAGGGGCAUGCCAGGGCCCGGUGGGCUUCCCCGGAGCAGGAGACAGAAUGGGACCUGCCUCCUGUUCCGACCCUGGACCGCGUGGACCAACAGCGCUGGCUUUGGGAGCCCCUCGCCCCCGCAGGAGCAGAGGAGCCUGUUCUGUCGCCCGGGCCCAGGCUGGAGGGGAAGGCACGCCGGGGAUGGAGGGGUCCUUCUGCGUCCUCCUCCUCCUCCUCUGGGCAGCAGCUCCGCACCCUGGAGAUCCGCCGAGUUCAGCCCCAGAGAACGAUGCUUGCCUGGGGGCCUUUGCCACUCCUCGCGCCCUAGUCUGUCCUGACGUCUUGCACUGCUUCGUGCUGGGACAUUGUUCUUUACGGUCAAGGCAUCACCACCUGCCCCUCUCAGGGACACAAGCAAAGAGGCGGCCCUAGGCCGGACGUGGAGCAAGCCGCCCCUCGGUGGCUGUCCGGCUGCCAAGCCAGAUUCUCUUGAAUAAAGUAUUCUAGUCUGGAGACAGCU